UUCUCUUUCAAAAUCUCAGUAAUAUGGUUGGCUUUCUAUUUCUGUGCCAGCCAAAUGAUGCCUUAACGUGUCCGUGAAAAUCUCCCUCCUCCACGUUGAUUACUAACCAUUCUCACUCGUGAUUCUUUCUCAUCUCCGGGGUCUCCUCCUCGUGACCCAAAUAAUCACUGAAAAGACUAUUGCAGGUACGUACAUAUAUACAUCUUCUCCAAAUGACAGUCGGAGAUAGAAAUUGAUUGAUUAAUCGGUGACGACGAUGCCUUUGCCGGCGGCGAAUGGGAGAGUGGAGGACGACGAGAGUGAUCAUGACGUGGCGUCUUUGUCGUCGUCGGAUGAGGGGGAGUUUGAGUUGCAGGAUAUCAGGGAUCGGAUUACAUCGUCACGAGGGAGCAGAUUCAAUCUGAUCGCCAACGAGUUCGGACUCGCCUCUGCGAUUAGGAAAUUCAGCCGCGAAAAUGUCAUCAAUGGCUUUAAAGACCUUUCCAAAGGCGUCGUUAUCCAUCCCGAUAACAGGUGGUACCGAGCAUGGACGAAAUUCAUACUGUUAUGGGCAGUGUACUCGUCCUUCUUCACACCCAUGGAAUUUGGGUUUUUCAGGGGACUAAACGAAGACCUCUUUGUCCUCGACAUUGUGGGACAGAUAGCAUUUCUUGUAGACAUUGUCGUACAAUUCUUCGUCGCCUACAGAGACAGUCAGACUUACCGAAUGGUCUAUAAGCGCACCCCUAUUGCUCUCCGGUACUUGAAAUCAAGUUUUGUUAUUGAUUUGCUUUGUUGUUUGCCUUGGGAUAUUAUAUAUAAGAAAAGUGGGAGAAAAGAGGCUGUAAGGUAUCUUCUAUGGAUCAGGCUAAGUCGGGUGCGCAAAGUCACCGACUUCUUUCACAAGUUAGAGAAGGAUAUACGUAUCAAUUACAUUGUCACCAGGAUUAUAAAACUUAUUGCUGUUGAGCUCUAUUGCACACAUACCGCUGCUUGCAUUUUUUACUAUUUGGCUACCACCCUCCCUCCUUCUAAAGAGGGUUACACUUGGAUUGGGAGCUUGAAGUUGGGUGACUAUAGUUAUUCAAGCUUCAGAGAGAUUGAUUUGUGGAAGCGAUACAUAACAUCUUUAUAUUUUGCCAUUGUCACCAUGGCCACAGUUGGUUAUGGAGAUAUACAUGCAGUCAAUAUGAGAGAAAUGAUAUUUAUAAUGAUAUAUGUUUCUUUUGACAUGAUUUUGGGUGCAUAUCUGAUUGGUAACAUGACUGCAUUGAUAGUAAAAGGAUCAAAGACUGAAAAAUUUAGAGACAAAAUGACAGAUCUCAUCAAAUAUAUGAACAGAAACAGACUUGGGAAAGACAUCCGUAAUCAGAUUAAAGGCCAUGUGCGUUUGCAAUAUGAGAGUAGCUACACAGAAGCUUCUGCUCUUCAAGACAUCCCCGUUUCAAUUCGGGCAAAGAUCUCCCAGAGUUUGUAUUUGCCAUUCAUUGAAAAGGUUUCUUUAUUUAGGGGAUGCUCUACGGAAUUCAUCAAUCAGAUUGUUGUUAAGGUCCAUGAGGAGUUUUUUCUCCCAGGGGAAGUGAUAAUGGAGCAAGGAAAUGUUGUAGAUCAGCUAUACUUUGUCUGUCAUGGCACAUUGGAGGAGGUUGGCAUAGGGGAGGAUGGAUCUGAAGAAACUGUCUCACUUUUGCAACCUAACAGCACAUUUGGAGAAAUUUCCAUUCUUUGUAACAUUCCUCAGCCAUACACUGUUCGUGUUUGUGAACUGUGUAGGCUUCUCCGACUGGAUAAACAAUCAUUCACCAAUAUUCUUGACAUAUACUUUUAUGAUGGACGAAAAAUUUUGAACAACCUUUUGGAGGUGAAAGAAUCUAACCUUCGAGUUAAGCAAUUGGAAUCGGACAUUACAUUUCAUAUUGGAAAACAAGAAGCUGAACUUGCCUUAAAGGUUAAUAGUUCUGCUUACCAUGGUGAUCUGCAUCAGCUAAAAAGUCUCAUCCGGGCUGGGGCUGAUCCUAACAAGAAAGAUUAUGAUGGAAGGUCACCCUUGCAUCUAGCUGCAUCAAGAGGAUAUGAAGAUAUUACACGUUUUCUUAUUCAGGAAGGAGUCGAUGUCAAAGCUAUAGAUAACUUUGGAAAUACCCCCUUGCUGGAAGCCCUCAAGAAUGGACAUGAUCGAGUCUCUUCUUUGCUUGUAAAAGAAGGGGCCUCUUUGAAGAUAGACAAUGCCGGUAGUUUUCUGUGUACAGCUGUGUCAAGGGGGGAUUCAGACUUUCUUAAAAGGAUAUUGUCAAAUGGCAUUGAUCCGAACUCCAAAGAUUAUGAUCACCGAAGCCCACUUCAUGUAGCAGCCUCUGAAGGAUUAUACCUGAUGGCAAAGUUGCUGAUAGAAGCUGGGGCUAGUGUUUUUUCCAAGGACAGGUGGGGAAACACCCCACUUGAUGAAGGUCGGAUGUGUGGAAAUAAGAACCUGAUUAAGUUGUUGGAAGAUGCAAAGGCUGCUCAAUUGUUGGAUUUCCCCGAUAGUGGUCGAGAAAUUACAGAAAAGAUGCACCGGAGAAAAUGCACGGUGUUCCCUUUCCACCCAUGGGAUCGCAAAGAACAUAAAAGACAUGGAAUUGUGUUAUGGGUCCCAAACUCUAUUAAAGAGCUUAUUAACACAGCAGCAAAGCAACUAGAAAUUUCAAAUGCUGCUUGUAUUUUAUCUGAAGAUGGAGGUAAAAUCCUUGAAGAGGACAUGAUCAAUGAUGGUCAAAAGCUGUAUUUAGUUGGUGAAACACAUUCUGCAUAAAUUUGUAUUGUUCUUAUAAGCACAAGUUAAUUUGUAGGAUCACCUUUGUAAGCAUUAUAACCAGAAUAAAUGAGUAUAUUUUUCUUGUCAA